GUAGGUCUUGUCUCUUAUGAUUUUUAUUCUACUUCAAAAUUCAUAAGCAUUUCUUUUUUCCAAAUCCUAUUCCUCAGUUGGCUGUCUUUAUCCCUGCACUCCCGACCAUGGCAAUACUACCAAUCUUCAACAUUCGCUCUAUUCGACCGAAUCCUCUCCAGGGUCUAGAAUUCUUAUACGUUCCAUUGCAUUAUAGUGUGCACGUUACCACGACCUUAAUUUCGGCCAUCGGCAACUUUUUGCACCGCCUGUGGUCACCACCCUUGAGGAGAAGUUGUUGAUCCCAAAGCUCGAAGCGCGAUUCAUGCUACAUUUUAGCACUGAAAUUUUUUCUAUACCAAAGUUAUUUCUAAACCGAUCCCACAGUGCCACAGAUGCAGAAAAAGCCUUAGCGAAGGAGAGGUUAAAGAGGUUAAAGCAGCCGCGGAUGCAGCAGAUGAAGAAGAUGUUAGCCCAAGCGAAUGCAGAAGUAAAGUACGAAGACGACAAGGGUCCAUGACCAGGACCAGUCUGGACUUCAGGCGCUGCCAUGGAUCGGGAGGUUGGGAGGAGGUCGAGGAGAAGCAGGGCGAUGGGAAUUUGAGAAGGGGCAGCAUCAUCAGCAACAGCAACAUAAACAAAACGACCAUCAGAGCCGCAGGAACGGAAGAACCAUGCACUCAACGAAAUAAAACCAAUUUAAAUAUCUAAAUAAGGAAGGAAGUUUAGCAUCUUAAAUAAUUAUUUAUUUUUUGUAAAGAAAUGCCAUAUAAAAGAUUAUAUAAAAUGCAA